AUGAGAAAAGCAAGUUAAUCUCAAAAUUUAAAAGUAAAUGAUGCAGAAAUGCAACAAAUACUUUUAAACUAGAAUCUGAAGAAGAUUAGACUUAAGAGGUACGAAGAAUGUUCAACUAAUAUAACCCACUCGCAAUAGAAAUAUUCUAUCAAGAAAUUAGAAGAACAUUUUAACUCUUAAAUCCAGCGAAAAUGA